CGGCCUUUCCCUUCCCUCGCGCACGGCGGCAAGAUGCCUUCCCGGCUCAGGAAGACCAGGAAGCUGAGGGGACACGUCAGCCACGGCCACGGCCGCAUCGGCAAACACAGGAAACAUCCUGGCGGCCGUGGUAAUGCUGGUGGUAUGCACCAUCACAGGAUUAACUUUGAUAAAUAUCACCCUGGCUACUUUGGAAAAGUAGGCAUGAGACACUAUCACUUGAAGAAAAACCAAAAGUUCUGUCCUACUGUCAAUUUGGAUAAACUGUGGACUCUUGUUACUGAACAGACAAGGCUCAAUUAUGCAAAAAACCAGGCUGGACUGGCCCCGGUCAUCGAUGUUGUGCGCUCAGGAUACUACAAAGUCCUGGGCAAGGGCAAGCUGCCCAAGCAGCCUGUAAUUGUGAAAGCAAAGUUCUUCAGUAGAAGAGCAGAGGAGAAGAUCAAAGAAGUUGGAGGUGCCUGUGUGCUUGUGGCAUAAAGGCCAUUGUUUUAUUUGAAGUUUUGAAUAAAGACAAUGUGUAAAAUGUG